GUAGUUUGAAUACUGCAGCCAGUGGAGGCGAUAUGGCGACUGCCGACACCUCGUCACGCCUGUGGGAGCAGCCGCUGCACGGCAUUGCCCCCGGAUUGCGUCAAAGCCGCUCUGGCUGGAGUGACGCAGCGUCCUUCAGGGGAACAGGUGGCAAUUUGGUGGACGCGCCGGCUCCAUUGUCCCAGGUUUUUUGUUGACGCUUAAGCGUCCUCGCGUGUGGACGUCAACAACACCGACGCCUGCUGCCUCUCCUCCUGCAUGAGGAGAGGCGAAGAUGGCGGAGAGCAGCCCCGCUAGCGAGAUCUCGGCGUUCUACGACGGCCGCUCGGUGCUGGUGACGGGCGGCACCGGCUUCAUGGGCAAGGUGCUGCUCGAGAAGCUGCUCUACGCCUGCGACCACCUGCGCUCACUCUUCGUGCUGGUCCGGCCCAAGCGCGGACGGACGCCCAGAGAGCGCCGCGACGACAUCGUCCAGCUGCCGGUGUUCCAGCGCGUGCGCAGCGAGUGCCCGGAGCGGCUGGAGAGGCUGGUGUUCCUGCACGGCGAUGUCCAGGAGGAGGAUCUCGGCCUGAGCCCGGAGGACCUGGCCGUGGUGCGGAGAGAGGUCAGCGUCGUGUUCCACUGCGCCGCGACGCUCAGACUGGAGGCCAAGCUCAAGGACUCCAUACGGAUGAACCUGCUCGGCACCUGGAACGUCCUGCAGCUUUGCAAGACACUCAAAAAACUAGAGGUGCUGGUGCACCUGUCAACGGCUUUCUGCUACUGCGACCUGGAGGAACUGGGCGAGAAAAUGUAUCCUUGCCCGUACGACCCUCAAGAGAUACUCCGCGCCGCUCGUUGGAUGGACGAUUCAAUGUUGGAUACGAUCACGGCGAAGCUGAUCCAGCCGCACCCCAACACGUACACCUUCACCAAGCGGCUGGCCGAGGUGCUGGUGGAGCAGCACCUGCACCAACUGCCCGUCGUCAUCGCGAGGCCCUCCAUUGUGACGCCGUCGUGGAAGGAGCCGGUGCCGGGCUGGGUGGACAGCCUGAACGGGCCGGUGGGGCUGCUGGCGGCGGCGGGGAAGGGCGUGCUGCGCAGCAUGUACUGCCGCGGAGAGCUGCACGCCGAGGUGAUGAGCGUCGACUUCGCCAUCAACGGGCUCAUCACGCUGGCGGCGCGCGAGGCCGCGCGGAGGGCCAAAGAGGGCAGCCCCAGCGAGGUGCCCGUCUACAACAUCACGUCGUCGAACGUGAAGCGCAUGACGUGGAAGGAGGUGCUGGACUACGGCCGGCAGAUCGUGUACGAGUACCCGUUCGAGUGGACAGUCUGGUACCCAGACGGCAACAUCCGCAGCUCCAAGGUCGUGCACAAGAUAUGCGUCAUCUUCCAGCACUACCUGCCAGCCUACUUCCUCGAUUUCCUCUUCUUCAUCUUCGGCCAAAAAAGAUUCAUGGUGCGGCUGCAGCGGCGCAUCUCCGACGGGCUGGAGCUGCUGCAGUACUUCACGACGCGCGAGUGGAGCUUCCGCAACGAGCGCUUCCUGGCGCUGUACACGGGCCUCAACGCCGAGGACAAGCGCCGCUUCGACAUGGACAUGGUGCCCAUAGAGCCCUACGAGUACCUGGUGACGGCGUCCGUGGGCGCGCGCUUCUACUGCUUCCACGAGGACCCCGCCUCCCUGCCGCGCUGCCGACGCAACAUCCGCAUCCUGUACGUCCUGGACCGCACGGCGAAGGCGCUGUUCGUGAUGCUGCUGCUGUGGUUGCUGGUGGGCUACUCCGAGACUGCGCGCUCAGCCCUGGACACUGUGGCGGAGGCCCUGCGCUCGCUGCCUCUGGUGGGCAGCGUCCUCACCAAGGAGUCCACCCUGCAGCCCAUCUGAGGGCGGAGGGAGGCACAGCAAGCUGGCGGCCAGGGCGGAGGGAGGCACAGCAAGCUGCCGGCCAGAGCGGGCCGUCCGACCCUCUCUUAUUCCACAAUAUAUAUCAUAUCUCACAGCUCAUAUGCGUACAUGUAUCAAUGGUACUUGCUCUGUGGAAUGGAAUAACAUGUGGGGAUAAGUUCACUUACGAUAAAAGCAGGAAUGUUUGUUUACAAAGAGUAUUGUAUAAUUAUCUCUCGUGGUGGGAAACUAACUUUACACUGAAUUACAACUGUUUCACAUUAUAUGUAUUGUAUGUUUGUAUGUUUUACACUAUGAAACCAGGUACACUGGGUUGCAUGCAGAAAGUAUGGCAGAAUAUGGCUGAUGCAAUUGUAAAUCAAAAUACAUGAAACUGAAAAGUGUCGUCGUGAGCAUAAGUUUUAUACAGUUUAGAAGCAUGCUAUUUUACAGGCCUAUCAGUGUUUCAAAUAUGAGUAUCUAUUAGGUAAUCCAGCGUGACAAAUGUACAAAAUCUGUGGUUUCCACAGCUGUGAUCAGUAAGUUUUGGUUAGAUUAGUAUGAAAUAACAGCACUUGGAGGAAUAUUUUGAAGGUUAUAUAAGAUAAUAUCUUAUACAAAAAACUGUUUACAGACAGCUACAAAUUUUAAAUAUGAUUUGUGUGUGUGUGUGUGUGUGUGUGUGUGUGUGUGUGUGUGUGUGUGUGUGUGUGUGUGUCUUAUGUGUGUGUGCACCCGUGUGUGGGAGAGAGAGAGAGAGAGAGAGAGACAGAGAGAGAGAGAGAGAGAGAGAGAGAGAGAGAGAGGGAGAGAGAGUUGCUCUAUAAGCUAAUUCAGCAUUGCCUCAUAAGUAAUCUGUAACUGGAAAAUGACUGAUAUAUAUGUAUUAGUUGUAAGUCUCAUUAUAGUUAGCUAAAUCUUUUUAUACAUUUGUAAAUCUAUUUUUAUGCUAAUAGUAAAAGAUACCGGUCAAGUUUGUGUCAUGUACGAGUACUUGCCGCUUGAAUAAAGAAUUGAUCCUUAAUUUAAA